GGCUUUGGGCCUGUUUAUAAGGGUAUUUUACCAAAUGGCACUAUAAUAGCAGUCAAACAACUUUCAUCUAAAUCAAAGCAAGGAAACCGUGAGUUCAUCAAUGAGAUAGCAAUGAUCUCAGCAUUACAACACCCUUGUCUUGUUAAACUUUAUGGAUGCUGUGUUGAGGGAGAUCAAUUAUUGUUGAUAUAUGAAUAUAUGGAAAACAAUAGCCUUGCAUAUGCAUUAUUCGGGAACAAAGAGAAUCAAUUAAAAUUGAAUUGGCCAACGAGACAGAAGAUUUGUGUUGGUAUUGCUAGAGGUUUGGUUUUUCUCCAUGAAGAAUCAAGAUUGAAAAUUGUUCAUAGGGAUAUUAAGGCAACUAAUGUGUUGCUCGACAAAAAUUUAAAUCCAAAAAUUUCUGAUUUUGGUUUAGCCAAACUCCAUGAAGAGGAUGCUACUCACAUUAGUACUCGAAUAGCUGGGACAUAUGGAUAUAUAGCACCUGAAUAUGCAAUGAAUGGUUAUUUGACUGAUAAAGCAGAUGUUUAUAGUUUUGGAAUUGUUGUCUUAGAACUUGUUAGUGGAAAGGCUAAUACCAUUCAUCGAUCAAAGGAGGAAGUGUUAUAUCUUCUUGAUUGGGCACAUUUGUUGAAAGAGAAAGGCAUGCUCAUGGAGCUAGUUGAUCGAAGGUUAGGUUCAGAUUUCAAUGAAGAGGAAGUAAUGGUGAUGAUCCAAGUAGCUCUGUUAUGCACCAAUGCGAUUGCAAAUCUUAGGCCUUCCAUGUCUUCAGUUCUUAGCAUGCUUGAAGGCAAAACCAUUGUUCCAGAAUUCGUUUCAGAUCAAAGUGAAUUAAUGGAUGAGAUGAAGUUAGAGGCAAUGCGACAAUAUUACUAUCAAAAGGAAGAAAAUAAAAUAAAUGAGGCGAACAAUAAUGUGUCACAUAAUGUAGUUGAAGAACAAUGGAUUGCUUCAUCUUCGUCUGACCUCUAUCCUAUGCACAUUGAUUCUUCAUCAUAUUAUUGGGAGCAAAGAAACUAG